AUGAAGGAAAAGAGCAAAAAUGCGGCACGAAGUCGUCGGGAAAAAGAGAAUGCUGAGUUUCUGGAACUUGCGAAAUUGCUGCCCCUGCCUUCUGCCAUCACUUCACAAUUGGACAAAGCCAGUGUCAUUCGAUUGACCACAAGUUACCUGAAAAUGAGACAAGUAUUUCCCGAUGGUCUGGGAGAUGCUUGGGGUGCUGCGCCGCCGUGCGCGACUCCGCGAGACCCUGCAAUGAGGGAAUUGGGUUCCCACUUGCUGCAGUCGCUCGACGGAUUCAUAUUCGUUUUGGCGCCCGACGGCAAAAUCAUGUACAUCUCGGAAACAGCUUCGGUACACUUAGGACUUAGCCAGGUUGAAUUAACGGGUAACAGCAUAUUCGAAUACAUCCAUCAAGCCGAUCACGAAGAAAUGACCGCAGUACUAUCAGCCCAAUACCCCGGCGGCGCCCCAUUAGUGGGACCUCCACCCAUAACGGGCGCCGGCUACCGGGCUCAGGCACAAGAAUUGGAGAGCGAAAGGGCCUUCUUCAUACGAAUGAAGUGCGUGCUGGCUAAGAGGAACGCAGGGCUCACGUCCGGAGGAUUCAAGGUAAUACACUGUUCCGGAUAUUUAAAAGUGAAACAGUACCCUCUUGAUUCAGGGUCCUACGAUAUGUGUUACCAAAAUUUAGGAUUAGUUGCUGUUGGACAUUCAUUACCUCCUAGUGCUAUUACUGAAAUUAAGCUUCAUUGCAAUAUGUUCAUGUUUCGAGCAAGUUUAGACUUAAAACUAAUUUUCUUAGACGCAAGGGUAGCGCAACUAACAGGCUAUGAACCUCAAGAUUUAAUAGAAAAAACAAUUUAUCACUACAUUCACGGAGCUGAUAUUCUGCAUAUGAGAUUUGCACAUCAUACUUUGCUGUGCAAGGGUCAAGUGACAACCAAAUAUUACAGAUUUCCAAUCAAAACUGGAGGUUGGGUCUGGAUGCAAAGUUAUGCAACUAUAGUGCACAAUUCGAGAUCAUCGAGGCCACUUUGCGUAGUUUCAGUUAAUUAUGUAUUAAGUGGUCAAGAAGCAAAAGACUUGAUACUUUCAACAGAACAAGGACCAGCACGAUCAGUCACAGAACCAGCUGCAGUAUCAACGCCCGUGUCAACGAUACCAAAAAGCAAUCCUGUUCAACUUGCACAACAUCAUCCAAGUAGCCACGAAACAGUAACGAGUAACCAUCCAGUAAUUCAACAACCACAACAAACAACUCCGCCUAUGCAACACCAAGGUGCCUCACAUCAUCAUGAGCCAACGCCUAUCCUGCAUCAUCAACCACCAGUAGUUGGUCACCACCAUGGAGAACAUUUACAUCAUAGUGGAUAUAGGGAAAAUACGUACCAUGAUCAUGGUCCCCAUGAAUAUCAGUAUUUGCAGCAUUUACAACCGCACGAUCAGCAAAUCUACGACGACAGCAGUUCUUCAGCUAAUUUUUGUGCAUACCCCGAUCACAUGUUCUACGGUUACGAAACAGCAGAUCCAACCCAUUCUCAUACCCAUUUGCAACCAAUUACCGAAAGGCCCUUUUCGGUGUCUAGUAACUCCUGCAGUAGUACAGAAAGUGAAGUCAACAAUAUGGUGAUCUAUGAAGCAGCCAGAGCAAACAACCAUGUUUUACACGAUUUCCAAAAUUACCAGCAUCUUCAACCUGUUGUUACGCAACACCAGCAUCAUCAGCCAGUUGUGGUAGGAGCAGGUGUUGUAAAUAAUACUUCACCUGGUCAUGUUCCUUAUAAAGGAGUUAUAGUUGAUGCUCAGCAGUACCAUCAGUUAACUAAUGAGUAUGUUCGCUGA